GUCACACCACGGCCUAGCAACCGUUGCCAAGGAGCUGGUCUCUAGGAACCUAGUAGAGCCCGGGUGCCUCCUGAUGGGGGGAAAAGUGGUUUCUUGAAGAGAAUCUGAGUGAAAGUUAUAAGACCGAAUUAUGAGUGACCAAAUCAAAUUCAUUGUGGACAAGCUCAAUAAGGAUCCUUUUAGGAAGAACUAUAAUUUAAUCACAUUUGAUUCCCUGGAGCCAAUGCAACUAUUACAAGUUCUCAGUGAUGUUCUGGCUGAGAUUGACCCAAAGCAAGUUGUUGAUAUCAGAGAGGAGAUGCCAGAGCAGACAGCCAAACGAAUGUUGAGCCUUCUUGGUAUCCUUAAAUACAAACCUCCAGGAAAUGCUACGGACAUGAGUACCUUCCGUCAGGGUCUGGUGAUUGGGAGUAAACCUGUAAUUUACCCAGUGCUCCACUGGCUUCUUCAGAGGACUAAUGAUCUGAAGAAAAGAGCAUAUUUAGCUCGUUUUUUAAUAAAACUUGAAGUACCAAGUGAGUUUCUUCAGGAUGAAACUGUGGCUGACACCAAUAAGCAGUAUGAAGAACUGAUGGAAGCCUUUAAAACUUUGCAUAAAGAAUGUGAGCAACUUAAGACAUCUGGAUUUUCUACAGCAGAAAUAAGAAGGGAUAUCAGUGCAAUGGAGGAAGAGAAGGAUCAGCUCAUUAAGAGAGUUGAACGUUUGAAGAAAAGGGUGGAGACAGUUCAGAAUCAUCAACGAAUGCUUAAAAUAGCAAGGCAACUUCGAGUUGAAAAAGAGAGAGAAGAAUUUCUUGCACAGCAGAAACAGGAACAAAAGAAUCAGCUAUUUCAUGCAGUCCAGAGACUACAAAGAGUACAAAACCAGCUGAAAAGCAUGCACAGUGCAGCAGCAGAUGCAAAGCCUGAAAGCUUAAUGAAGAGACUAGAGGAGGAGAUCAAGUUUAAUUCAUACAUGGUAACUGAAAAAUUUCCUAAGGAAUUAGAGAACAAGAAAAAAGAAUUGCAUUUUUUACAAAAAGUGGUUUCAGAGCCAGCUAUGGGCCAUUCUGAUCUUCUUGAACUUGAAUCUAAGAUAAAUGAAAUAAACACAGAAAUCAAUCAGCUAAUUGAAAAGAAAAUGAUGAGGAAUGAGCCAAUUGAAGGCAAACUCUCACUGUAUCGGCAACAGGCAUCCAUCAUUUCUCGUAAAAAAGAAGCCAAAGCUGAGGAACUUCAGGAGGCAAAGGAAAAAUUAGCCAGCCUAGAGAGAGAGGUGUCCGUGAAGACAAAUCAGACACGGGAGUUUGAUGGUGCAGAAGUUUUGAAGGGAGAUGAGUUCAAACGAUAUGUCAGUAAACUUCGAAGCAAGAGUACAGUUUUCAAAAAGAAGCAUCAGAUAAUAGCUGAAUUUAAAGCUGAAUUCGGUCUCUUACAGAGGACAGAAGAACUUCUUAAGCAACGUCAUGAAGAUAUUCAGCAUCAGCUGCAAACUAUUGAGGAGAAAAAGGGUGUAUCUGGGUAUAGUUACACCCAAGAAGAGCUAGAAAGAGUGUCUGCACUGAAGAGUGAAGUGGAUGAGAUGAAAGGGCGGACACUGGAUGACAUGUCGGAAAUGGUAAAAAAGCUAAAUUCACUGGUAUCUGAGAAGAAGUCAGCUCUAGCCCCAGUUAUAAAAGAACUACGACAGUUGCGUCAGAAAUGUCAAGAACUAACCCAGGAGUGUGAUGAAAAAUCCCAAUAUGAUAGCUGUGCAGCAGGCCUCGAAAGCAGCCGGUCCAAAUUAGAGAGUCGUCAUUGGCUUCCUAGGGAACAGUAUACCAAACAUAUUGCUGAGCAGGAGAACCUUGGAAAGAAACUCCGGGAAAAACAAAAAACUGUACGAGAAAGUCACGGUCCAAAUAUGAAACAAGCAAAAAUGUGGCGUGAUUUUGAACAAUUAAUGGAAUGUAAGAAACAGUGCUUUCUGAAACAGCAAAGCCAAACUUCCAUUGGUCAGGUAAUUCAGGAGGGAGGCGAGGACCGGCUGAUACUCUGAGUUCAUGUGUCACUGUUUGGGUUUUUAAUUGAUAUUGCUAGUAAUCAGCACAAUCCCAUGAUGCAUUUUUGUUCUUGAAAGUGAUUCAUACAACAUCCCCUGUUUUCUUGGAACAUAAUGUUAAGGUAGAUUUAAGUUUAAAAGUUUUUUAACAUAUAAAUGAAGCUUUUAUUGUUUUGCUUAGUUUAGACAUCAGUGGUGUCUUCUGAGUUUUAUGAGACCGGAGACUAAGUUUACCAUCUGUAAAUAUAAACAUAUGUCCAUUAAGAAACAUGUAGGUUUUUAAAACAGUAAUAACCUAAUGGCUUAAUGUUUUUCUUAAUCUUUUUUUUUAACUUUAGAGGAAUCUUUUAGGAACUAAUA